AUGGGGGGAGGAGUGGAUGAGGAGGUGGUGAAGGUGGUGGUGGAUUUGGAGGACGGUGAGGGGGAGGAGGAGGCGGCGGCGGCGGAGGGGUCGAGCAGGGAGACGCGGAUGCUGCCAAUGAUGCCGGUGCGUGUGCUGCUCGCCGAGGGCGACGAUUCCACUCGCCACGUCAUCUCCGCGCUGCUCCGCAAGUGCGGCUACCGAGUUGCUGCAGCCUCUGAUGGUGUGAAGGCGUGGGACAUAUUAAAGGAAAAAUCUUUCAACGUUGACCUUGUUUUAACUGAAGUUGAUCUGCCUUUGAUGUCUGGGUUCCUCUUGUUAUCCACGAUCAUGGAGCAUGAUGCGUCCAAGAACAUCCCUGUUAUAAUGAUGUCUUCGCACGACUCAGUAAGCAUGGUUUUCAAAUGCAUGCUAAAGGGUGCUGCAGAUUUCCUUGUUAAGCCGAUAAGAAAGAAUGAAUUAAGGAACUUGUGGCAGCACGUUUGGAGAAAACAACUGGCAAACGGUGGGCCUGAUGUGCAGCACAUACAACAAGAAGAGAAUCUUGCAGAAAGAAUGGAACAGAAGACUGGCGUGACAAAAGCUGAUAAUUUGAACAGAGAUGGCCCCCGUAAAAAUAGAGAAUGCAGUGAACAAGAAAGUGAUGCUCAAAGUUCUUGCACACGGUCAGAGCUGGAGGCUGAAAGUAAGCAAACUAACAACGUUUUGGAGUAUAAGCAAUCUACUGAAAGGCAUUUGUCUAUUCCUAGCCACAAGAAUGUUGAGCUAAAUGGACAGACCAAAAUACGAACAGCUAAGGGUAAUAACUUGAUUCCAACAAGAGAAGAUGAUUUAUCGCCAAACAAAAGAACAUGUUUGAAUGACAAUAAUUCUGAGAGAGCUUCCAAAGAUAUGGAGCUAGUCCACAUUAUGGACAAUCAGCAGAAGCAUAACACACAGAGGGAGGUGGAUACUAUGAGAACAACAUCUAUGGGAAAUGAUGAGAAGGGCUCCAUCCCAGCACACCAGUUGGAACUUUCUCUUAGAAGAACUGACUACGGAAAAUUGGAGAACCACGAGAAAAAUGAUAGAAGAACACUGAACCAUUCAACUUCGUCUGCAUUUUCCUUCACCUCAGAAACACUAGUGGAUGUUGAAAAUAAAAAUGGAGAUUCGGCAGCUCCCUCUCAAGACAUGACUGAAACAAAUCGUCCUCCUAUUAGAGUCGUACCAUUUCCUGUCCCUGUUCAAGGUCUCACAUUUGAUGGGCAGCCAUUCUGGAAUGGUACACCGAUGGCAUCUCUAUUCUACCCACAAUCAGCUCCUCCCAUUUGGAAUAGCAAAGCAUCCAUGUGGCAAGAAUCAACCCCACAAGCAACUUCACUACCGCAAAAAUCGCAACAGAAUGAGCCAAAUGAAACGGGUGCUAAACCAGUUGAAAAUGCAGAGGAACAAUUUGCCUUAGGCCCCCCCAAUGCCAGUGGGAAGCAGCUGCGUGUUGAAAUUCCUAAAGAUGAUCCACGGCAUGUUUCUCCUAUGACUGGUGAAAGUGGAACUAGUACUGUGCUAGACAGCACCAGAAAUACUCUGAGCAGCAGUGGCUGUGAUAGCACUUCCAACCUGAUCACUGCCCCUACUGAAUCAUCCAAUGCAUAUAAGGUUGUUCCUGAAACCCCAAGCGCCGAAGGUUCACGACACUUGAGCCAGCGUGAGGCUGCACUGAACAAGUUCCGGCUAAAGAGGAAGGAUAGGUGCUUUGAGAAGAAGGUUCGAUACCAGAGCCGGAAAUUACUUGCAGAGCAGCGUCCACGGGUCAAGGGCCAGUUUGUUCGUCAAGAUCAUAGCAUCCAAGGAAGCUAA